AGCUUAGUGAAUAAUAGUGGAGUCGACACAGGAUCAGCUUUUGGAUUUCUUCCCAUUCCUUUUGUAUCGAUAGCGCUACUAAUGAUGGCAAUUGGAAUGUUGAUUAUGCCAAAUUCUGUUACUAGUAGAGCAAGUGUUGAACCAAUACCUAUUGCGGCAAGACUUGAUGUGCGAACAACUGUUCCGGCUACUGUGCAAUCAUUUCUAGCAACACAAGCAGCUGCACAAACAACUGCACCAGCACCUGCACAAACAACACCAUGUAUUCCAACAAUUUGCCCUGCAGAUUAUCUGUUGCUAGCUGACCAAACUGCAAGUCCAAAUUGUUACUUUUAUAGCGGAAAUACUCAGAAAAUUUGGUCCGACGCCCUGAAGGUGUGUACUUUGACACCAGGAGCCUACCUAUGGAGGCCAAAUACACGAGCAGAAGCUGAUGCUGUCAAAACUACGUUUGCUAUCGGAAAUGAUGUACAUAUAUGGACUGGCGCAAAUAGUCCUACCCAUGACGAGAAUUUUGUAUUUGCCGUGGACAAUGCUGCUCUUUCGUUGUUAGAUCUUCCAUUUGGAAUUUUAGACAGUAGUGGUGAUAUCGGGGACGACUGUGUCGAUAUAGAAUUUGACACAGGAGACUUGGACUGGGAAUGGGAAAAUGAUGACUGUGAUGACGAUGAACGAUAUAUUUGUGAACUUCCAAGGAAAACCUGUCCGUAGAAGUGUAUGUAGCCGUUCCAAUGGACACAUAUUUCUUAUCCUUAGCGCAAAAAAAAAAACCAACCAAACUAGAGUCAUUUUGUUAG